AUGCGGCAUUCUGCCAAAGAAGGUUGGGCAGCGGACCCGGCAGAUGCUCUUUUCACAUCAGCAGGAGCCAAGAUCAAUCCCCAAGGGGCCUUGGAAAAGAGCCAGUACGUGCAAUUCGUGGCCGCUUACCGUGCUGAGCCGACAGACAGGACGUUGCAGCCAGUACCAAGUCAACCGGGCCUUCGUCACGAAAAUGAGGCAUCUGACCUGAAAGACCUGCGCCACUGGCAGGAUGAGAGAGGUGCCGGCUGGAUUGUGAGCACGGCAGGCAGAACUGCAUGGUUCAGCAUCAAGAAGUGGGGAUCGUGGCGGCUGGCAUACCUGCUCGCACGACUCCAACGCACUCUUUGGAUCGAGAGACCUGGUGCUCCUGAGGCGUCGGCCAAGCAGGGCGCCCGCGGACGCGGCCGGCCAAAGAGAAGCCUGGAGGCAGUGCCCAAAGAGAAGGCGGUGCCACAGGCGCGUGAGGCCGAUUCAGACGCACAAGUGCGUGUUGUGGACGCAGAGCAGCCAGGGGAUGACAGUCCCCAGCUGCGACGGUCGACGGACAGCGGCCAGUCGAAGAGGACUGCCGAGGCUGCUUUUGCAAAGACGAAGGCAGCGCAAGCAUUCCCCCCUGCGUCGGCCAAGCAGGGCGCCCGCGGACGCGGCCGGCCAAAGAGAAGCCUGGAGGCAGUGCCCAAAGAGAAGGCGGUGCCACAGGCGCGUGAGGCCGAUUCAGACGCACAAGUGCGUGUUGUGGACGCAGAGCAGCCAGGGGAUGACAGUCCCCAGCUGCGACGGUCGACGGACAGCGGCCAGUCGAAGAGGACUGCCGAGGCUGCUUUUGCAAAGACGAAGGCAGCGCAAGCAUUCCCCCCUGCGUCGGCCAAGCAGGGCGCCCGCGGACGCGGCCGGCCAAAGAGAAGCCUGGAGGCAGUGCCCAAAGAGAAGGCGGUGCCACAGGCGCGUGAGGCCGAUUCAGACGCACAAGUGCGUGUUGUGGACGCAGAGCAGCCAGGGGAUGACAGUCCCCAGCUGCGACGGUCGACGGACAGCGGCCAGUCGAAGAGGACUGCCGAGGCUGCUUUUGCAAAGACGAAGGCAGCGCAAGCAUUCCCCCCUGCCAUGGGUGUGGCCAAAGCCAGGAUCCCGACCCGUGCUGAGCUUCAGGAGCUGGCUGCUUCCAAGCGCCUGGUGGAUUUUGUUCGGGCCAAGAAGUGGCCCUCUAUCCUCUCGCCAGCCUGGGAGGGCCAGCGUUGGAAGAAGCUGCUGGAAGAAGUCGCCAGGGGCACUUUGUCCGAGGUGGCCCUAGUGGACGAGGUGGUGCAGAAGCUGCGGAGGCAAGUUUCCGGAGAGAAACUCACAAACUCGCGGCUUCAGAGAGCACAACGCCUAGCUGAUGAGAAGGAGCGCAUGCGCCGCGAGGCGGAGCGUGUCAAGGCAGCGAAGUCGCAACACGCAGCCUUCCAAGCGACAUGGCAGGUACCAGGCUGUACUUGCGGUCAUCCAAUUCACACCGAGCGGUGCAAGCUGUUUCGUCCUCAUGCUGCCGAGACGGCCGGUCCAAGUCGGUACCAUGGUCAGCAGGACCAGCAGCAUGCGGACCAGCAGCCACCACCAUCUCUGCCGAGCCCUAUGUCGCCGUGGGCACAGAAAGAGGUCUCCCUGCUCGCCGCUGAGAUUGCUUCGCAGCCGGCAGUCGAGCAGAAAGUGCUUUGGAAGAAGGCGAUGCUGAGGUACCAUCCUGACAAGCGACAAAUGCAGUCCGAGCUGGGUGCGGCCACGGCCACGGACCGGCAGCUCGCAGAGGCUCUGAUCACAUACCAUGCCAUGCGUGACCUGUCGCUGCUGCGCAUGACAGAGCUAGAGCAGGCAAAACCUAUCCUCGUGUUUUACCACGUUCCUGGUGAUGGGGACGAGGCAGAGAUGCCGAAUGCUUUCCCAGUCUUAAAGGCUGAUGGACACAUCCUUCUGCAGGACAUCCGCAGCAAGUUCCCGCUUCCGGGAACGUAUCACUUCCGGUUUAAGAUGAGAUGGGGCCCGGACCCGGCCCACGUUGCGUGGAUGGAUGUUACGAACGAGGCCGCACAGGUGCCGAUGUUCGACGGCCGGGUUGUGGCAAAGGUGACGCGUGUGUGCUGGGAGUCCAAGACGGACGUCGCAGCUUUGAAUGGCGUGGGCAAGACGCAGGCAUCGGCCAAGCCACCACCGGAUGUGCUUUCCUUCGACAGUCCGGUGGUGGCCCCAUCGGCAGCCCCGCCAGCGCCCCCGGCGCCGGUCACAGGCUACGCUUCUGGUCCGACCCCCCAGGCCCCGAAGCCUAACGAUGACUUCGAUAUGCUCUUCAGCUGA